AUGGCACCACCCAUGUCCGAGCCCCAACGGGCUAUGAGCAAUGCAUCAGAACAGCCACAUCUUCUUCGCACAGAAACUCGAGAGUCCCUAACAAACCGCGGAAUCUCUCCAAGUCCUCCACCAGUCGACUACAACUAUCCAGAUUUGGGUCGUCCUGCCGACCCUGUCUUCCCCGAGGAAUAUACCAUCGAGACUAGCACCGGCCUCGUUCCCAAACGCACACUCGAACAGAUCCGCUCGCGACAGGACCGGCAGCCGUCGUCGAGCUCCUCCUCGGACCUCGAAAAGGCCGAUGACCAGCCUACCGAGUUUGUCACCUUCACCAUCAACGACCCCGAGAACCCUUACAACUGGUCCCGUGCCUAUCGCUGGUACGUCACCAUGAUCGCCUCCCUCCUCGUGGUCUGCGUCGCCUACGGUUCCGCAAUCGUAACGGGCGGCUUGGGUCUCAUCGAAGACAAGUAUCACGUCUCUCUCGAAGUAGCCACCCUUACCUGCAGUAUCAUGGUCUGCGGCUUCGCUGUCGGUCCCCUUCUCUGGUCGCCCCUAUCGGAGAUUAUCGGUCGCCGGCCGGUUUACAUCAUUUCACUGGUGCUGUACACGAUCUUCAACAUCCCUUGCGCGCUGUCGCCCAACAUCGGCGGACUGCUGGCAUGCCGCUUCCUCUGCGGUGUCUUCUCCAGCUCCGGCCUCUCGCUCGCGGGCGGCACCAUCGCCGACAUCUGGUCCAUCGAGGAACGGGGCAUGGCGAUCGCCUUUUUCGCGGCGGCCCCGUACUGCGGCCCCGUAAUCGGACCCAUCGUCUGCGGCUGGAUCACAGUGGGCUCGGGCCGGCUGGAUCUCUUCUUCUGGACCAACCUCGCCUUCGCGGGGGCCGUGGGCAUCCUCGUGGGGCUCAUCCCCGAGACGUACGCGCCGGUGAUCCUCAAGCGGCGGGCGGCGCGGCUCCGCUCCGAGACGGGCAACCCGCACAUCAUCACGGAGCAGGAGCAGCACAAGCCAUCCCUCAAGGAGAUCGUGCGCACCUCGCUGAUCCGCCCGAUUACGAUGAUCCUGACCGAGCCCGUCCUCGACCUGAUGUGCAUGUACAUCGUGCUGAUCUACUCGAUGCUGUACGCCUUCUUCUUCGCCUACCCGGUCAUCUUCGGCAAGCUGUACGGCUACAACGACGGCCAGAUCGGCCUGAUGUUCAUCCCCAUCCUCAUCGGCGCCGGCUUCUCCCUGAUCUUCACGCCGCUGCUCGAGAAGCAAUUCCACCGGAUCUGUAGCCGCCGCGCCCCGACCCCCGAGGACCGCCUCAUCGGCGCCCUCAUCGGCGCGCCCUUCGUCCCCAUCGCGCUGUUCAUCCUCGGCGCCACCUCCUUCAAGGGCAUCAUCUGGGUCGGGCCCGCUUCCUCCGGCAUCGCGUUCGGGUUCGGCAUGGUGCUGUGCUACUACGCGGUCAACAACUACAUCAUCGACAGCUACCAGAAGUAUGCGGCGUCCGCGUUGGCGGCCAAGGUCUUCCUGCGGUCCGGCGGCGGUGCGGCGUUCCCGCUGUUCAUCACGCAGAUGUACGAUCGUCUGGGGCUGCAGUGGGCGUCGUGGCUGUUGGCGUUCAUUGGGGUGGGGAUGGUGUUUAUCCCUUACAUUUUCUACUGGCCAGGCAAACCGCUUAAUCAUUUUAAUCAAUACCCCGACUACUAUAACUCCGACCUCCAUCCCUACCUCGACCUCUCUCUCCUGCCUCCUUCAACGGCCUUCCCCCCCGUUGAAUUCGACCCAUCUUUCUUUGCGACCGAUCCCCUCGAUCAAACCUACUACCCCGAUCUCACCACCACCACCACCACCACCACCACUACUGCUACAAACCUCUUGGACUUUGACUAUAAUUUCGACAUCAACAUCCUGGACGACCUCGCAGACCCCGUGUCAGACUCCGCGAUAAACUCCUUGCUCAGUUCUCCGGACAGUCUCAGUGAAUCCUACCUCUUCGAAUCGCCAAGCGUGCAGUCCUUACCUGACCCGCAAAUCCAAACCCCACCUCCAAUCCCACAGCCACAGCCACAGCCACAGCCACAACCAAUGCCCGCGGUGACGACGGAUCGCCCCUCGACCAAACCAUCCUUCACCGUCACCCGGGUGUCCGCCGCCAAGGAACCGCCCACCAAAGUGAGCAAGCGGCAGCUGAACACGCUCGCGGCGCGGCGGUACCGGCAGCGCAAGCUGGACCGGGUGAACGAGCUGGAGGCGGAGCUGGCGGCCGUGAAGCGGGAGCGGGACGAGCUGCGGAUGCGCGUGAGUAAGUUGGAGGGCGAGACGGAGGCGUUGCGGGGGAUGGUGGGGAAGAAGUAA